AUGCGAUCUUUGAACCACAGUGGACGGGAGCUAGAGAAAAGGAUUGAUCAAUCGGACUACGAGGAAGAAAUAUUGGAAACUGAAGAAUUAUAUCAUUCUGAGGAAGAGGCUCAGGGUGGCUCUCGCCGUGAGUACAGUGCCACAGGCGCUAGUAACUAUUCGGCGGGGAGUCACCUACUCAUUAAGCCCAAACUUUCUCCUUUCACUAUGGAUAUACUGAAUCACCUGAUGACAAGGAUCAAGAUGCCGACCUCCAAAUAUGACGGCAAUUCUAACCCGGAUGAUCAUGUGGCAGACUAUGAGGGCCAUAUGUUUCUCUACACGCAGGUGGAUGCUAUCUGGUGUAAGGUCUUUCCUUCCACUUUGACUAGGAUAGCUCAGACGUGGUUUGAGAGUCUGAAACCAGGUAGCAUUUCUAGCUUCUCUCAGCUGUCAUCCACAUUCAGCACUCAUUUUGUCAGCAAUAGACGCCACGAGCGUACUACUGGAGAGUUACUUUCCAUCAAGCAAGGUGCCAAUGAAGGCUUAAGGGAUUAUAUCGGUCGCUUUAAUGUUGAAGCAGUCUCGAUUCCCCGGCUGCAGCAAGAUGUGGCAGUUUUGGCUCUGAUGACCGGGCACAAGGAGGGAUCACCAUUUCGGAAUUAUCUGGGCCGGAAGUCUUACACCUCUUUGGGUCCCGUCCUAAGCAAAGCCAAUGAUUAUAUCAGAGGAGAAGAGUUUGACAAAGCGGUAGGCAACCGUGAAUCCGAUAAGAAAGAGGAUAAGCAGAAAAAGGAAAAGGGCCGCGAGAAUGAUCGCAGCCGAGAUGAUAGAAGACAGGAGUCACACAUGGUCAAAAGAGGAAAUAACCGAGAAAGAGAAAGCGAGAGGUAUGACCGCGAUCGUAGGGACCGCGAGAGAAGUAACCGAGAAGGGGGUGAAUGCAAGGAGAGAUUUGAUGCGUACACUCAACUCACUACCUCGACGAGUCAGAUCUUUUUAAUGAACAAAGAUAGCGACAAGUGGCAGCGUCCAAAGCAGAUGUUCCAUAAGAACCGUGAUAAGAGCAAGUGGUGCGAUUUUCAUGGAGAUCACGGCCAUCUAACUGAUGAUUGUCGGCACCUGAAAGAUAAUUUGGAGGAUUUAAUAAGAAGAGGUUACUUCAGUCAAUACAAAGCCCAGACUAAGGAAGGGGAUCUGGUGAAGCCAAUAAGUCGAAAUAUUCAAUCUAGGAUCAGCGAUAUCCACGUGAUCAGUGGCGGACCUAUUCACGGUGGAAGUGUGAAUGGGGCUAAAGCCAGCCUGAAGGAGUUCAGACACCAGGUCAAUUUCAAUGAAAGUAUGCAAUGGAAGCGGCCGCCAGACAUGCCAGCCAUGUCUUUCACUGUGAAGGACGCAGAGCACGUGGUGUACCCACAUGAUGACCCAUUAGUGGUUACGUUAAAGAUGUCGAACUGUUUGGUCCAUAGGAUCUUGGUGGAUGGAAGACGUUCCGCCAACAUUCUAUACCUUUCCACAUUCGAGAAGUUGAUGAUAGGAAGGGAGUAUCUGAAGCCUGUCCGAUAUCCGGUGAUAGGGUUCACGGGAGUAUCCGUGACCCCGGAGGGUUUGGUGAGCCUCCCUGUGAGGAUUGGAGAUGAUGCUGAGGCUCGGGAUGUCAUGACAGAAUUUCUAGUGGUUGAUGUUCCAGGCGCUUAUAAUGCCAUUAUUGGGUCGGCGUCCUCUCAUUCAUGA